GAUUUUAAAAACAAAACGUGAGGCUAGUCCGGAAAAACAUAAUUAAGACAAUGUUUGAUUGGAUACAUGGAAACUCUCGUUUACCAAUCUCCCUAUCUAUUGUGGAGCUUUUGGUAGACAUGGAUUGUCAAGGAUGUGAAAAGAAGGUUCGAAGAGCCAUUUCCAAACUCGAUGGUGUGGAUACGGUAGAGAUAGACGUGGAUCGACAAAAAGUGACGGUCACUGGUUACGUCGAUCGGGAAGAUGUUCUAAAGAUGGUGAAACGAACGGGACGAACAGCUGAGUUCUGGCCAUUUCCUUACAAUGGAUACUAUGGUGAUUAUUAUACAUAUCCUUCUCAGCGUUUGGAACAAUCGGAUCAGAAGAUAUACGAUCGUCAUCAGGCAGAGCAUAGUUUUUCAUCAUAUGGUGGAAAGUAUGAUUAUUAUGACGACGAACUUCAAAAUAUAAACAACUCUGCAUCUAUCCAUAGUUAUUAUCCUCGUCCAUCCCGAAGAGUUCAACCUACGAUUGAUGAAAACGCUCUUCAUCUUUUUAGCGAUGAUAAUGUACAUGCUUGUACUGUCAUGUGAUUUUGUAUAAUUUCUUACGUGCGAUUUGUACCAUUCUUUCAUUCAUCUAUUUAUUUAUUCAUUUCGUUAAUGUACCAAAAGUAUUAUAGUACUUUUUUUUUUUGUCUUAAAUGUAAAAGCU